CAUCCUGAUGCUGACGAGGCAGAGAAGAGUCUCUCCAGAUCAGAACACCAGAUGGACAACGCUAGCCCUUCCUCCCUCCCUGAGCCCCUGUAUUGUGCCUAUCCCGGUAGCUCCUUACUGCUGGGUAUGAAGAGGUUGUCUGGGCUGCUGGUGGACUGCAGGAAAACAACAGGGCUGAGUGGAACUGUGAGAGGAGGAGCAGAGAAGAACGGAUUAGAUUUCACACAUCAAAGAGGAAAACCAAACUUGGAGGAACCAGAGACGUCCAAAACAGCAAGACGACACCUCUGCUCCCAGAUUGGAAAGAGUUUUACCAAGUUAGGAAGCCUGAAAAGACAUGAGAGGGGACACACAGAACCGAAGCCACAAAAUUGCGCCCAGUGUGGAAAGAGUUUUAGCCACUUAGGAAAUCUGAAAGCUCAUGAGCGAACACACACACGGGAGAGGCCUUUCCAUUGCUCCCAGUGUGGAAAGAAUUUUAAGCGGUUAGACACUCUCAAAACCCAUGAGCAAAUACACACAGGGGAGAAGCCAUACCAUUGUGCCCAGUGUGGAAAUAGUUUUAGCCAGUCAGGAAGCCUGAAAGUUCAUGAGCGAAUACAUACAGGUGAGAAGUCAUACCUUUGCGCCCAGUGUGGGCAUCACAUCACAUUGUCCGUUGUCUUAUAUUGUUGACUGAGAAUGUGUUUACUUGUUUAUACCAUGUGAAAUUAAAUGGUACAAAGUCUACUA